AUGAAGUCGGAUGUGCACGAUGGACUGAUUACAGGUGAAAGCGCGAAGCAGAUUUUCGAAGGUGCGGGACUUCCGAAUGAAGUCUUGGGCCGUAUCUGGUCUCUCUCAGACACCAAGCAACGAGGUGCCUUGGACGCUACAGAAUUUACAAUUGCCAUGCACCUCUUGACCUCGUACAAGUAUGGCACAUUGCGCGGAAUCCCCGCCACAUUACCACCAGGCCUGUAUGAUGCUGCAGCUCGACGGGGCUCCGCGGCUGCGCGUGGUUCCUUUGGGGCACGGCCCGAUGUGCCUCCUGUCCCUGCCAUCCCGAGACAGUUUACCGGACCUCAACGAACCACGAGCCCCCUGAACCCAGCCAGCCGUCAACCUUUUGGAGGGUCUCUCUCUGCCCAGGUUACCGGAGGUGAUUGGUUGGUUACGCCACCAGAGAAGGCUCAGUAUGAUGCGAUUUUUGAAACCGUCGACACAGCCAAACUGGGGCUGAUCACUGGAGACCAAGCUGUGUCAUUCUUCAUGAAGGCCCAGCUUCCCGAAGAGACUCUGGCUCAGAUUUGGGAUCUUGCCGAUAUCGAUGCAGACGGUCAGCUCAGUCGGGAUGAGUUCGCCGUGGCUAUGUAUCUCGUGCGACUGCAGCGCAGUGGAAAGGAGGCACUCCCACAGGUUGUGCCGCCUGCCCUCAUCCCGCCUAGCAUGCGCCGUCAAGCGCCCGCCCCGAUCGCAGCGCCCACACCUCCCCCAGCACCAGUCAGAACUGCUGCUGAUGAUCUGUUUGGAUUGGACACCCCUGCACUGCCAUUUGCUCAGCCUCAAAUGCCCCAGUCUACAGGAGGGUCCAACAGUGCUUUCCAAACCCCGGCCUCUCCAUCCAGAGCUUCCCCUCAGACCGCCUCUAACACAUUCAAACCUUUUGUCCCAACAUCCACCUUUGGUCAAACUUUGCAGCCCCAGGCGACUGGCGCAUCUGCCGGAACUCCCUCGGCAGCGCGCUCGCCCCCGCCUCCAUCGGAUGACCUUCUUGGUGACAAUGACCCCGAAGAAUCAAACAAGCUCACUCAAGAGACGACCGAAUUGGCGAACCUGUCUAAUCAAGUUGGCUCUUUGGCGAAGGAGAUGCACAAUGUGCAGGAAAAGCGAACAUCCGCCGAACAGAAUCUCACACAGAGCACCCAGCAGAAGCGUGACUUUGAGGCUCGUCUUGCCCAGGCACGUUCCAUGUAUGAGCAAGAGGUGACGAACUUCAAGGCACUCGAGGAGCGUCUCAAAUCAUCCAGGGCGGAGACCACUAAGCUGUCUCAACAGUACGCCUUGCUCGAGGGCAGCCGCCAGGAUCUCCAAACCCAGUACACGCAGGUUUCGACUGCUCUCGCUGCUGAUGAGCAGGAGAAUCUGAGUUUGAAGGAGAAGAUCCGGCAAGCAAAUGCCGAGGUUGCCCAACUCAAACCAGCUUUAGAGAAGGCUCGCUCUGGUGCGCGCCAGCAGAAGGGAUUGGUCGCCAUCAAUAAGAAGCAAUUGGCCACCGUUGAAGGCGAACGUGACAAGAUCCAGGGCGAGAUUGACGGCUUUGCAACGGCGACCCCACAAGACUCCCAAAGGUCUGCUACUCCUGCCGGCAGUGUGCCCGAAGUCUCGAGCCCUGCAGUCUCCACUGCAAGCCACAACACCAACCCAUUCUUCCGCCGAACUGGUAGCGCAAGUGAACAGCCACGAUCGCCCGAGGGUCCAAGUGAUCAGCAGAAGGCAUUUGAUAGCCUGUUCGGACAGUCUUUCGCAGGUUCGGCUGCAGGACCUCCUCCCACCUCAUUCCGCUCUGAGUCGCCUCAAGUUGCAGUCAGCUCACCACCCACAUCUUCCGCGCCGACUCCAUCUGUCUCUCCUCCUCCAGGAAACCUGCCUGGCGCAUUCCCUACCGGCCCUCUUGCCGAGCCUCCGGCUCCCAGUGUUUCCCGUCAGUUGACCCCCAAUUUCCUCCCGUUCAACGACAACCAAUCAAUGACCUCGUCGACAAUGGUUUCGCCUCCUGGUAGUCGAUUUGGCGGUGCUGAGACUUCUGGAUUUGGUACACCAUCCCAGAGCGCCGCCAGUGAUAACGGCGCGCCAUCAAUCGCCGAAUCCAGCGACUACAGUCGUGCACCUACCUCGGUUGUUGAGAGCACUCCUGUGCGAUCUCCAUUCGAGGAGGAGGGACUGGAUACUUCCUCGAAGUUCCCCGAGGUCCCUGCAGCAGGCGCCCAGCAGCCUGAGUCUGCCGCGUCUCCUACCACCCCUCAAGUACAAGGUGGAAACCAGGAUCUGAGCUUUGACGAGCUGUUUGGAAGCAAGGCGCAUAAGCGCUCUGAAUCCCAGCAAGGCAAUGAUUUCGAGGAGGCAUUUGCAUCCAUGAAGCAACCCUCUGGAGGUGAAAAAGCAACUGGUUUUGGUGCGGCUGGUCCUUCGGAAUUCCCUCCCAUCCAGGAGCUCCACCACGACGACGACGAUGAUGACAGCUCCGACGAUGAACGUGUUCUCGGCUUUGACGAUAACUUCGCGCCACCCACGCCUGCUGCCCCUAAGGCAGCCCAGCCUGACUCGAUUGAUGCUGCCCAGCUGGCUGCUUUCCCCGUCCCUGGGCACACCCCCAAGCCUCCAUCCCCGGAAGCGCAGCAGAGUCCUCCGGGUUAUGAAGCACCCAAGGAAGACAACACCCAUCUUCCCCCGCAAUUUAAUGGUCUUCUACCUGACCGGAACGACCCAACUGUCGCACCGGACGCGCCCCACGCAGUGGAACAUGACACUGGAGCGCCAGUAGUCACCAACGAAACCCAACGGGACUCGAUCUCCGAAGCGGGUCUCCCCGCAGGCGGCGCUAAGGUCGGAGGGCCUGAUUUCGAGGCAGCCUUUGCAGGAAUGAACCUUGCACCAGCUGCUGAAGCGGAAGAUGACGACGAUGAGCCCGAGACUCACGUUAAGAACACAAACGACUUUGACUUCUCCUUUGACACCCCGGCUCAGAAGCAGCAGCCUCUUUCGGCCACCAACACCGGCCAAGGAAACUCAUCCGAGUUCUUCUCCUUCGACAACAACACCCACGCAGCCACUGCCCAGCCUGUUGGUUCUCCCAGCGAAGGUGGACCCAAGCCCGCUGCUCACGAGUGGGAUGCACUCUUUGCACCCCUUGACAAUGCCCAGCCUAGCACCGGCGAAGACUCGCACGAAGACAAGUCGAAGCAGCCCGGGUGGGCCUUGGAUACCGACACUGGCGAGGAUGACCAGAUCCUACAGCGCUUGACCGGUAUGGGCUUUGACCGCAACGCGUCCUUGGAUGCGCUGGAGAAGUUUGACUACAACCUCGACAAGGCUGUGGACCACUUGACUUCGAAGCCCUGA